AUGGUGCCUCCGCUGUUGUUUGGGAGGCCGGGAUUUUGGGGUGUACGUACAGCUGCGUCGCGUUUGGGGUGUACAUUGAGCUCGCCUCGGCCUCGCGCUUUCACUUCUUUUGUUCUUCCUUCUUCCAAAGAAGCCCCUGGGGAGCAAAAGGGGCUUCAAGAAGACUCAAAAAAAGAAAAGUUAGGAGAAAAUAAAUCGGGAAAUGGCCGGAAACUGCAGCAGCAGCAGCCGCAGCUGCAGCUGCCUUCUCCGCUGCUCAGCCGCUCCGCCUUGAGGCCUCAGGAGAAGAAGUUCAAAAAAACUUUAAAAGAAGGAGAAUUCGCAGUGCUGCCCGCCCAAGAAGUGCCCCCGUGGGUGCCGCGGCCCCCCUACGCUGUGGCGGCUGACGGGCGGCCUGCGCCCCCUGCUGCUGCUGCUGCUGCUGCUGCUGCUGCUGCUGCUGCUGCUGCUGCUGCUGCAGGGGGAAGUGUGGUCUACUGGGACCCCCCGGGGUGGCAAAUAGACCCAAAUGGAGAAGUCCAAAAGCCCGCAGCCAUCGAAGGCUUAAGAGCUGCUGCUGCUGCUGCAGCUGACGCGCUGCAGCUGGCUGUCAGCAGCUGCAAGCCGGGUGUUACUGCGGAAGAGAUCGACUCUUUGGUGCACAAGUUUUUAAUUUCUAAAGGAGCUUAUCCAGCAGCAAUUAAUUUCUUUGGUUUUCCCAAGGCGCUUUGCAUCUCCGUCAAUGAAGUUGCCUGCCACGGCAUUCCCGACGUCCGCCCUCUGCAAGAAGGGGAUAUUGUCUCUAUAGACUGCACGGCUUUUCUAAAUGGCUUUUUUGGAGACUGCGCUGCAACUGUGGCAGUUGCCCCCGUGGCUCAGCAGCACGCGGACCUCAUUGCUGCAGCCAAGGCAGGCAAACCCUAA